UAAUCAGAUUAUAUUCAACUCAUAAUCCGUCACCACUCUUACCAUCCUUGCCUUGUCAUGUCAAGCCCUCUAAGGAAGGUCAGCGGUAAUGUCCUUUAUUUCAAAAUGGCGGACGACAUGUCAACGAAGUUGUUAGUGAGACAUUUGCCCUCUCAGCUCAGUGUGCACGAGAAAACGGAUUUACUGAAACAUUUCGGAGCUAAAGAAGUAAUAUGUAUGGAAAGGAGAGGAAAACUGGUGAGUAUUAAAUAAUUUCUGUGUUAAAUUUUGACUCAUAUAUGGAACAGAAACCUGAAACGAUUGUUGAGAAUGAUCGAGGCAAGCUUGACAUGCUCUCACACUAGCGUUUUAACAGCCAAAAGUUAUUUACUGACACAUGAAAGAUUUCCUGUAUACUGUUAAGAUCAACCAAUGAAUUUAUUUUUUGUAACUGGAGAUGAUACUUUCUUGAAAACGGGGUGUCUAUUUAAUGGGCCUAGGUGGAAGAAUUCGAAGAUUAAAAAUGCUUUAUUUUCUUGUUUUGCUCUAAAUAUCGAUGUCGUGAAUUUCUGAAAAUUGAGCAAAAUAUUAUGUUUAGUGAUGCAAGACAGCGAAAAUUUUACAGAUAAGUCAAACACUGACGGAUAGAUAAUCAAUGUCUGGGUUUACUGAUCUUCAUUUUCAGAGAGAUGCUGCUUUUGCUGAAUUUUCCACCCAAGCACAAGCUGCGCAGGUAGGUUUCUUUUCGUAUUUAUUUAACCCUUUACACCAUAACAUCAGUAGGCAUAUUCUCCAUACUGUUCUCUAUGCACUUCCUAGGAUACUGACAAGGAGAAUUUGUUUGAUAAUCAAGAGCUUCACUGAUUUUUUACCAUUCUCUUUAUUGUCGUGACCCUAUUGUGUGAUUCAGCAGAGAUACUGUAGGGAGAAAUUACAUGCAAGUCAACCCUUAGGGUUAAACAGUGAUGCAGUUGUUCCUGGACAAGUCUGUUGAGUGGCAGAGGGCAUAAAUAGUUCUUUUACAGUCCAUGUGAAACAUUAACCUGUGAAAAAAAGGCUAGACCAUGACACUGGAAUCUUUGAGUUCUAAUAUGUUCUAGACUUGGCUGGGUUAUUGUGUCGUGUUCUUAGGCAAAACACUUAACUUUUACAUUGCCUCUUCCCACGCUGGAGUGUAAAUGAGUACUAGUGAAUUGUCAGGAAAACUUGAUGAAAUGUUGGGGGGGGGGGCAGCACAGCAGAACUGCACUUUAAACUGCAUGUAUUAUCUCUAAAUAUGAAGGGGAGAGAAGACUGGGUUUUGUUAAUGGUGGUGCAGUUUGAAAGGAGGAUUGUUCUUACAGCUUGCAGUGUCUUAGUAACUUUAUACCUGGUUGUGUCAGAUUACUAAUUCCUGCUAGAAUAAAAUGCCAGUUGGUACUACAACCCAGCAAAUGCUAUACAUUUUUAUACUUCACAGGCUAUUUCUCAGUUACACCAGUCUGAGGUUCUUGGCAGCCGAUUGACAGUAGAGUACGCUAAACCUCAUCAUGAACAUCUUGCAGCUCAACAGUGUAGCAGGUAAAUUGUGCUAUUUGGAAUUUCUGUGUUGUAUUAAGUUACAGUCAUGAUAAUAUAUAGAACAUUUUUGACCCUCCCACCAGCAGACGCACUUUGACCUGAUCCACCAAAACUUGUCCUUGUAAAAUCCAGAAAAACAAAUAGCUGCAAAAAUAUCCCACCUUCAGACUUACAAAAACUCACCUUGUAUCCCUUGUAAUUGAAAAUUAAUUCUUGGUCAGAAUGAUUUUAGGCCGAUUUGAUUUGCAUUUUCCUUUUAAUCUUUUCACUUUUAUCAUGACUGUGGUUAAACAAAGAAAAAUAUACAGAAAACUGGUAUGAAUUUAAUGUAUUGGUGUAUGAUAGUCUCCUUAGCCCUCCCCUCUGUUAUUCAAUAAUUUGAAAAAAUUUGGCAAUCAGCUUUUUGUCCUUUUUGUUCUUUUGCUUGAUUAAACUAAAAACAAAUUUAAAAAAAUUAAAGCUCCCUGCAAAAACUUGUGGUACAGUGUAUAUCCCGAAAAAGUUUUUCAGCAUAGGACAAAAAGCAGCCAAAGUGCAAAAUUUAACUCUUGUAAAAUUUUGGUGCCUCACAGUAUGAUGUUGUCUGAAUCAAAGAGGUUUUAAGUAAUAUAAUAUAUGGCACUGUCUUUGUUUCAUUAUAAUGAUCAUGAUGAAAUAAAACGAAGGGAAGGGUAAGUGAAUCUUUUGUGGAAAAUAAAUGAAUACUAUGGAAACUGCAAACUACUUUAUCCUCUCAAACUUGUAAAUUGAACAUUGCUAGAUACAAACUUAACCCUCUAUACCCUAACAUCAGAAUGCAUAUUCUCCAUACUGUUCUCUAUACAUUCCUAAUGUGCUGAUAGGGAGAAUUUGUCUAACAAUCAAGAGGUUCUUUAGUUGAUUAUCAUUUCUUUUCUUCUCUUGACCUUAACAUGCGAUUCAGGGGUGUUAUUGUAAGGAGAAUUGAGAUGCUCGUCACUCUUAGGGGUUAAAGGGUUAAACUGUUUUAUUGACUGUGUAAUUUUAAGGGUCACCCCUUCAAUUGCACUGGAUGAAAACAAAAAUGAGGACGAAGAAACAAGAAAAUUGGAGACAGAACAAGCUGGUAGCAAAGUUAAAGUGAAGUCUGGUGACACACAAGGCAUGGCACCAAGUUUAGGGUAUGACAAACCUAGUAAAUAUUAUGCUAAUCAGAAUUUCUCAGUCACUAUUUUUUGAUUGUUGGUUCAGUAGUAAUCAGUGAUGAAUUUGCCUUGUUCCCAACAUGUGGCUGUAAUUUAGCUUAGUUGGUAGCAAGACCCAACUGGUAUGUUAGAGGCACGGAUUCAAAUCCUGUCCAAGCCUAAAUUUUACUGUAGGCUUCAUUUCUGCAAUUGCUAAUUAAAAAUUGCAGCUCAGCUGCUAAGAUAAUGGCUUAAAUAUUUGAUUUACAUGUUAAUUAAACCUUUUUUUUCUUAUUGAUGUUACAAAUGUACAUGUCUCCGCAUGAUUGUUGGUACACAGACAGUUUGGCUUUCAUUUGUACAGAAUAAGCGACAGAGGUGAAAUUUAAAGUUUUAUGCUUUAGUAGCUAGGACAACAGAGAUAAAAGCAAUGAAUGCAACCUGUCAAGGCUGAUAUAUUGUUUACAGUCACCUUUUCACUUUUUGACACUUAAAUGGUCAUCUGUAAUUUUUUUUUUCAUUUGAUUGUCAAUUUUCGAACAAAAACGAUAAUGGAAGAUAGCCUAGGGAGCCAUUAUGUCCAAAGUUAUUAGUGAUCAUUAAUCUGAACCAAUCCUGAAUAUAUAAAAAAAAGGCCAUUAAGAGUAAUUGUAUUUAUGUUUUUAUGGAUGAUCCUUUUGUUGGUUUUUAUCAUAACCAGGAACUCUCUUUAGGUUAUUUAAGAUGCACGUACGUGUCUGGCUUCUAAUUACUAGUCUAUUAUCAAUUCCUGUAUGUUUAAUUCAUGGAGGAUACUGUUCCAGACAUAUUGUUUAAAACAAUUUCCAUCUGGUGUGCUCUUUUUUUCAAAUAAUAUUUUUAUUCUCUUAGUUUUCAAGAAAGCUCUCUCAUCAAAAAGCACAAUUUGUUUUUUUUAAAUGUUUCUGAACAAAGACUUCACUAGUAAGUUUUUUUCACUUUAUUUUAUUGACCUUUUGUCAAAAUUCUUUUUUAUUAUUGAUGCAGACAUUAGUUUGUUAGAAUGAUUUAUUUUUAGUAUCGUAGAUUUUUUAAAAGUUGAUAUUGAUAAAUUGCAGAGGCUUUUAAGCAUUAAAACUAUACUUCUUACAUGUGUAUGUGAAAGUUGGUAUGCUUUUGUCAAAUGACAGUCAUUAUUACCUUUUUUUUACUUUUUUUGGAGCUAUUAAUUAAACCUAAAUGUUCAUGUUUCACACUUUCUUAUUUAAGCUAAAUUUUUCUUCCUGAUUGUAUGGAGGGAAAUCAUAGACUUAGUAUUCAAUGUUGUGGUACAAAUAGAGGUUUGAAUAUAUUUUUUGAACAUUAUUUCAGUGUCUAGAAAUUCAGUUUGAAUUAUUAAAUUGAUGUUUCAUUAUUACGAGCUGAGUGGGCUUGUUUGAUGUGCCUUGGCUUUAAAGUAUUUUAAAAUAACUAAAUUAUAGUUCUUUUGUUCCAGAAUUAAGUACAAUUGCAACCCAAGUCUUCACUAUGUCUACCCUCCUGUAAACACUGCAAUUCUCACCAACAUCGCCCACACAUUGGCAUGUGUUCCAAAAUUUUAUGUCCAGGUAUGAGUAUCAAAUUAUAUUGUAAGCUACAUUUGAUUGGUUCUUUGUUAUGAAGUAAUGAAGGACAAAGUGUUUUUUUCUUUGAUGUAUAAAACAAAUAGAUUCCAUGUUGUCAUGGGUCUGUUGAUUAAAAUUUCACAGAAGAUGUCAAUGUGGCAAGAACCGCUGCAGUAACACAUCUCUUUUGUUUCUUAAAACAAUUGAGCAUCAUCUGUAACCUAUUAUUGAACAGAGGCACAGCAGCAUGCAAUCUAUUUCUUAACCUUUUAGUGCCCAAGAUCUCAUGAGUAAUUCUCCUUACUGUCUGCCAUACAAUUCUUAUGAUGCUAGUUCUGAGAAUUUGGUACUGGAUCUACUAGAAAAUCCUCAAACUUAUAUUUUUCUUUAUUCUCAUCACCUGUCUGCUUGAUAUUGUAUUGAUUUUGUAAGGAGAAAUUCUCUCUUGGUCACUCAUGGGAGUUAAAGGAUUGAUUAGCAGUUAACUCUUCCAUUGUUGCCAUAACUUCUGGAAAAAUGAUAUUGUGAUAUUUAAUUGUUUUCCCAAGCAUCAUUGUUUAUUAGUUUUAAAUUUAUGCUUCAAAGUUUUCUCAAUUUGAUUUUGCUUUGUUCUAAACUUAAGUUUGUACCAUCUGGGAGGCUGAAUUAGAUGUAAAUUUUCAAGCUUCAGUUCGACUGUUGAGUGUGAGUUGCCACUUUUUCUUGUUGUUUAGGGGAGUAAGUAUUCAUUUUUAAUAUAUUUGUUCCUAGGUUUUGCAUCUGAUGAACAAAAUGAAUCUUCCUGCUCCAUUUGGACAAAUUACCCCCACCCCACCCUUUGUAAGUAUCUACAGUGCUGCAUGUGAGUUUCUCUUGACUCCCCUUAUGUAAAAAUUAUUUCUUUGACAUAGAGGCUAGCGUCCAGUCUCUGUCAAUUUAAGUACAAUAAAUUUAUUAAUUAGAGUUAACUACUUAAGAUUCUCUUGGCUCCCCUUAUGAGAAAUCAUUUCUUUAAUGAAGAAGUAAAAGUCCAGUCUAUGUCAAUUAAAGAUUAGUGAAUGUAUUUAUUGGAACUUAAUACAGCAUUUUAGUUGUAGGGAAAGCUUUUGGAAAGUCUGAAACUCCAAAAAGCAAACAAACAAAGAAACAAGUUUACCUCAAGGAAAAAAUAGCUUUGUCAAUUACUUUGAAACUCAGCAGUCAUGGGCUUCCUGUUGUUUUUCAAGUUAGGUGAAGUACCAGAAGCACCGCAGGUGGCUUCAUCAGAUGACGACAGAUCUAUGUCCAGCGACGAGUCCGAGUUAGAGAGCGAUGAAGAAGAAAGGCAGAAAAGGUUAUAUGUAGUUGCUGUUUUUGUGGGAUGUGGUGUAAGACUAAGUCGUGCAUUUGUGUUUUGAAGCUACGCAAUUUUUCACAAAAAGUCUGUUCCACACCGAUAACUUGGGUCAUUUAGUGGGUUGGUGGUCAGAGUGAUGGACUCUGAAAUGAAAGAUCUAAGUCAAGUCCUCAGUACAUGUAUACUAGGCCAAUAUGUUGUGCCCAUGGGCAGGACAUUUUACUCUCACAGGGCUUAUCUCCCUGUGAGAAUAAAUGGGUCUUGGUGAAGCUAAAGGGAAGCGUAUGAAAAUAGGGGAGGGGGUAUAACGCUACAGUAGACUUGAAUCUCAUGCGGGGAUUAUAAGUGAACAUUCUCCUACAUGCAAGAUAUUUUGGCGACUUUAGUUUCCGCUCCCUUUGGUGUUAAUCUGUGGGAAUUGUGGAAAAAGAUGAGAUGCAAACAGCAGCCAGAAGGCAAUGCGCACUCUUACUAAGACAUACUUCUUACCAACCGAGUUCGAGGUUCGUAUUUCAAGUUACAGACCGAGUUUUUUUCCGUUCGAAUGUAUGCCCAAGCGCGAAGUGAGCGGGCAAUAAAUGUAAGCGGAAAAAACAAGGUUCCAUAAGUUACAAUACGGACCGAGAAAACGAGUUUAGUGAAAGAUUAAUUACAUCUCUGGGUUCAAGCAGAGGGGGAAGAUUUGAAUUCAACCUAAAUGUUGAAUUUAGCGCACCGUACUGUGAAAUACGGCCUGCUAAAUUGACCAAUCAUAGCGCACGCACUAACUGAGAAAUGUCAUAACAAUCAGUCAGAGAGCCCCUGUUUAGAGCUAAGCUAGUCGCCGCAGACAAUAGUUCCUUAGCGUGCGCUAGAGAAAGAACCUGUCAGAUGUACGGAGAUGCGUAUUUCAGUUUCUUUUGGGUCAUUAAGGACUUUUUUGCAAUUUUAGAGCGAAAGAAAGGGCUGAACAUGCCCAAAGAAUGUCUGCUUCCAAACCAGGCAAAAGUGCCCAGAAAAGACCCAAAGUAAACCUUCCAACAUCAAAACCACCAGCCAAGAAAGUCAAGGCAAGUUCUUCAACCAAACAAAUACCUGUAGAGAAAGCAUUUGAACAGCCUUCCGGCCAACCAAAGAGGAUUGAGUUCAAGCUCAUAGAGGCCAUCUCAAAUAUAUUUGAAUCUGCAGCAUAUACUGAGGCUACAGGUAUUAUGCAAGUUUCUCGUUUGAUGUGUUCAAGAAGGGGAUUUUUAGUGAAUAGGCCCAAUUAUUCGAUAUAUAGUUAAAUGGUUUGAACAAGGGGGUAACAUUUGAUCGUGUACUCUGAUCGUACGGGUGAGAGUAGUCAGUUCUGAAAAGGACUAUUUUCGAUAUAGUGACAUAAUGAUUGGUCGUUGCGAUUACUUUGGUUUCGGCUUUACGACAGUCAUUCGGAAUACGCUGACUAGUGGCUGCGAGUGAAUUAGUCCACGAUCUUUUAGUUAGCUAUGAAAUUACUUGAUCAGAGACCCACCCAGUUUGUUACUUGUUACAUGCCCUUGACUUCCGUCCACAGCUGUUGCGCCUCCAGAGGCAGAAGGGUUUGGUAGAUUUGAGCCUCCAGCGGAUCUUGAAGAUGACAAGGACGAACUUGAAGAAGAAGAAGAGGAAGAGGAGUCUGUUUCUGAGGAAAGUAGCGAAUUUAUCUCAUCCGCCGAACUGCGCAGAAACAGAAUAAGUACCAAAGGUAAAAAAAUCAAGUUUUAGUUGAUGUUUACACGCUCUCACCUGUGAUACAUGUGACGUUCAUCUUUGUAAGGAUUGGUAAUUUAUAAUAAUUUAACAACCUGACAUACCUUGAAAUUCCAGUUAGAAAAUUGGGGGGGGGAGGGGACAUGCCCCCUCCCGUUUCCCCCUCUCCUCCCUCCUCAUCAACACUACUUCUGUAAACUCCUUCUUACGUCUCUGUGUGUCUAAUGACUUUAUUUUGGUUUUAUUGCGCAGAAAUGCCGGAGAUUUCUGCUUUCAAGAAUUAUACACCCGGAGAUCCGACAUGCAGGCUUUACAUUAAAAAUCUGGCAAAAACAGUCGAAGAGAAGGUAAGGGAUUCGCCUGUUCAUUAAAGUUGAUAUUUAUGGGCAUUUAUCGCCACUUUUAAUCAAGCACGCUCAUGAAUUGCCGAAUGUCGACUCUCUCUUUUAAUUACUGCGUAAAUACAUAAAGAAAGAUCCCAGGUAUUUCAACUAAAGUUUAUUGCUCUUGUCUGUUUAACCCUUUAACUCCCAAGAUCUCAUUAGUAAUUCUCCUUACUGUCUGCCAAAUGAUUCUCUUUAUGUUAUUUUGGAGAAUUUGGUAUCAGAUCAAUUAGUAAUCCCAUAAUUGAUAUUUUUCCUCAUUCUCAUCACUUGUCUGCAUGAUAUUGUAUAGAUAUAGUAAGGAAAAAUUCCGUCUUGGUCACUCACGAGAGUCAAAGGGUUAAGAGCAGUUUUCAAUUGAGUGUAAAAGUUGUCUUCGUACUUCAUCCUCUCAACCAAUCAGAUAGAAUCCCAACACCAAAUGUAACUCUGCUUCAGGCCGUUUGCGUAUUUUUACUGGAUUUCUUAUUGGAUCUUUGUGUUAUUUCCUUUCUUUUUGGCUGUUGUGAUAAAUGUUGGUCUCCAUUUCACAAUUCUUGUCCUCAAAGCUUAGAUUUGGCUUCUUCAGUUUUUUCUAUAGCUAAUAAUGAAACGUGAGGCGAAAUAUAAUUACAUUUGGUUUCCGCGACAGAUUUUAAUUUUCUUGUCCAUGUUUUAGAAUCAACUGAGUGUUAAGGUGAAUUAAUUUUGUUUCUAGGAUCUCAAGUACAUUUUUGGUCGAUACAUAGAUAUCAAUAUGGAGGAAGAGAGAGACAGGUAUUGAAUGGAAAUGAAACUUCUUAUGUACGUGAGAAUAUGUAGAAAUGGCUGAGAGAGGUUAUCUCUUAGGGUCAGACUUUGUUUGUUAUUCUCACACUUAACCCUUGAAGUAUGUCUUGGGUCGGCUGGGCGAUCAUUUUCCUCAGUAAAUUUUACUAUACUAGAUGUAAACUCUGUCUCAAUGAAAUUACAGUAAUCGACCAGAUCAGUAAUCUUUUGUUGGAUUCCUCGAUUACAGCCUUUGAGAAAUCACUGUUGACCAUUGAUUUUUUUUCCUUGCUCUUUUGAUAAAGUUGCGGUAGAGUAACAGAGUAAUCAGGAAUUUCACUUCGUUCUGUGAUUGCUCUAAAGAUAUCGCGCCACCCUCUCAACCAAUCACAAUCAAAACUAAAACUAAUAGGGACUUGGUCACUCGCGUUUUCCUGUGCUUUAGGCAGGUUACUUGUUUUUUUGUUUGUGUUUUUCUUUUAAAUCCUCGUUGGCUCGUAACCUUUUUUUUUUGUUCAAAGUGGCUGCUUUUGUUCUGAUUCUAGACCCUCAAUCGAAAUGAAAUGACGUUGAAUUAUUCAGAGUAGGAAAGAUAACGCCACGUAUUCUGCUCCACCCUCUGUUAAUACUAGUAUGAAGUUUGUUUUUUUUAUGUGGAUCAAAACUGCUCUGUUUUGCUGUAGAUUUGACAUCCGGCUGAUGAAAGAAGGUCGCAUGAAGGGCCAAGCUUUUGUUACAUUACCGAGUGAAGAGAAGGCAAAAAAGGCUCUCAGAGAUGCACACGGUUACAUCUUGCAGGGGAAACCCAUGGUUAUCGUAUCCUUUUGUAUAGAGCUUGCAUGGAAUAAGCAGCGGCUUCCUAUUUAAGCGUUUUGAGAUCACUAUGUUGAGCGAGUGGAAACAACCGACGCAGAGCGCGAGUGACUGGUGACGAACGCAACGCGCGAGGGACCAUAGGAAGAAGGAACAUGAGCCUCUUUAACCAUACCUUCACUUCUCUGCGCUCUUGAUUCAUUUCCGUUAAGAGGCGUCUCAAGGUUAAGAUAGGAUCUUUGGGUGGGAGCCGGGUCCUCCUUAGUACCACGGGUAGGGGAUGAAGAUUAGGAGGGUAGUGUCUGAACGUCGUCUGAAAUGCUGUACUGAUCUGUGAAGUACGCUUCCUCUCUCUCUAUACCACAUAAGUGGUGUGGACAAUUUCCAAGAACCUAACGGUUUAUUUUUAAUUAAAAGCCCAGAUUUGAUAAAGGGACUGUACUGUUUAAAAUGCUCUUUGGCUCCCUAACCCUACCCCCCCCCCCCACUCUCCAUUAAAACAACAACAACAUUAUCCUGAAGGUGGGGCAUUCCUCCUUAACUGGGGCGUGGCCUAUAAUUCACUCUUCACUUUCGUUGUCAUUUAACCGCAUUAGUUUACUUAUUUGCUUGUAGUCCUUAACAGUGUUUUACAGCAAUUUGCACGAUCAGCGAAAGCAAAGGACUGAGGACGUAUUCGCGGCAAGUUCGAGAAGUUAAGCAGUCACAGAACCCAAACGCAACGUAGUAGGAGCUGGACGUAGUGAUAAUCGCCAAAUGUCACAAAAGGAAGUAAGGUUUUGCUGUUACACGAUUCGUCCCUUCAGUAUUACGCCGUGCAAAAUAGCGCGUGAUCAAGUGUAGACCCGGACGAGUUUGGUCUGGUACCAAGAUCUCUCCGGGCCGAGAGGUGAUUCGCACAAGUAUGGUCUUGGCUCUCUAUCAGGAUGACCUGAAGAACGGACUUGAUGAAAGCAAAUGGCGCACCUUGAGAAAUCUUGCACUGGUAUUGUCUUUCUUUGUUCUCUCAAUUCAACAUCUGCAAGGACGCGCAGCAUUUAAUCCGUAAAAUUUCAUUUAGGUGACGUAAUGGUGGAGAGAGAAUUAUUUGUUGUUAGUGGUUGGUUGAUGCUUCAACCAAUCAGAGACAAGUAUCGAAA